UCAUCAUAUAAACUGAGUAUUUUGAUAUCUUUUUUAAGUUUAUGAAACUCACGAAAUCCAUGGAAAUUUAGCCCCCGCGAAAUCUGAUGAUUCCACUGUGCUAGGUAUAAUGUUUGCUGAAUGUUUAGUGUGGGUUUUCACUGCAUGUUAUCUGAUAGGGAAAGGAAGAACAAAGCACAGAUAAAGUUCAUUUUAUAAGUCAUGUGAAUUCAUAUUUGAUUACUAAGACUUUGAAGUGAAAAGAAAAGAAUUUUUUAUACCAUGUAAAAAAAAGAAUUAUUAGUUUAGUGAUGUAAUCUACAUCGCCCAUAUGUUUACAUAAAUCAGUUUCUUAGUCAAGCAAACAAUGUAUGAUUAAAAAAUCGAAAAGGUGAGAGAAUUUCCAUCAAUUUAACAAAAAAAAUCUAUCUUUCUAUAAUUAGAAAUUUCAUAUCCCACAUGUAUGACUUGUGAUUUGAGCAGCGGUUCUUUCUUUUCGCAAGCCUCACGGGGAAGUCAACGGAUACUUGUAUUCGAAUUCCAGUAUUUGAUGGCGUUCAGCGAACAUUGUGUCAUUUACAUAAUAACUUGACGGUUUGCUUUAUUUGGUGAAGUAAGCGUCGAGUGGCUUUUAAUCAAAAGGCAACAGUAUUUAGAAAUGUCAACAGAAAACCGGGGAAACCAUGCUCGUGAGUAAUGAUUGAUCGUUUACCAUCGGUAACGCAUCAAUCAGAUCAAGUCUGCCUCUUAAAAUCAGUUGCAAAAUUCCAAAACAACUGCAUCAAAUUUAGUUCAACUCAGGCGACCACUCCAAAGCAAAAGCAAGGCAGAGAAGGGUUGAUAUCGUGAAAUUAGGCAAUAUUGGCCGUGUCUUUUCUUGUCUAAAUGACCUAACUCUCUCGAGGAAAGUUGGAAAUCAAUACUGUUUUACUUCAUAUAUAUACCAAUGUGUAAACCACCAAAAACACUAACUAUGGGCGCAUUGGACGAGAUCUUCAUUGGAGAAAUCACGUGGUUCUGGAUGUGCUUUUUUAUCAUCCUGGUCAGAGUGGAAGCAAAUAUAUAAGAAAAGCCACCAGGUGAGACAAUGUCUUCAUUCCUGAGAAUAUUGCGCAGAGCAACAAUGUUCCCUAGUGAUUGGAAACGAGGUACCGCAAAGCAGACGGUAGCUGUAGAAAAGACGCCAAAGUCUGUCACUUCCGGGAAUCACAAUUCUAAAUCUAAUAAGAAGGAAUUUUAUCCCACGGGAAGAGGACGGCUACAUAUAAAUGGCGCAAUCACCGAUAGAGACUUUGAAAAUCUCCACCAUAGAAUCGACAAAUUAUUAGCGAAGCUGGAUGACAGUGAUUUAGAUGCCACACAGACGGAAGAGGAGGAGUGUGUCGUCUGUCUGGCAGCGAAAGCUACUAUGCAAACCUUUCCGUGCGGCCAUAAGAUCGUCUGCCGAAAAUGUUUCAUCAAGACGAUCCAAGUGGCGGUCUCGCAGCGCUGUCUUCCACUGAGGUGCGUCAUAUGUCGCUCAUCAAUUCUUAAAGUCCGGCAGACGUCCGCACACCGCAAAUCCAAGAAACCUUGUCAAACGUCACACGCUUCCCGACUCUUUGGUAGAGCCAAAUCCAAAAAACCGCCUCCACGAGGAAAGUGAUUCAUGGCGGAAGAGAAUGGCCUCCCAGGAUCCAAUGCAAUGAAUCUUCGCUGUGAAUCAUGGGUAGAGAAUGGUGUUAAAACUUUGCGAUAUAAACUGCGUCAUAUCAAAAUUAGUACAAUCUAGUUUUUGUAGAGUAUACCUGUAUAUGCAUUUAGUAGUGUAACUACUGCUUUACAAAACCAUUACACCUUACACUUUGUAGUUAGGUAGACGGUUUUAAAAUCACCGAUUACUUAAAGAAUCAUUUGAAUUGCUUUGAAUUGUGUUAUAAGGAACGUCCUAUUUUUGUAAGUAAUUUUUUUUUAUUUUUUGAAAGUUCAGUCGCAAAUCCCAAUUUGAUCAUGUCUUACUCGUCACUAGUCACUUUGCGAAAUUUGAAACUUUUCUGUUUAUACCAGAUGAUAUUUUCUUCUAUUAUGUAGCUUCAAUAUAUGCCAAAAUAUGCGUGUUUUGAUGGGUCCCCGCCAUGUGGCUGGUGGUCUAUAGUAAUCACCUUGUCUGUCUGUCGGUCAGCACUUUAUAGGGCACACGAUAAUUUACCAGUAAGUUUUCUUGAGAAGGUUUUCAUGAAUUUUAUACAUGAAUCUUGGAUUAGACAGAGGAAGACGUCCUUUCGAUAUUCAGAUUUUGGAACAUGGAUAAUUUUUAUUGGUAAUAUGAUAAUAGCACUUUCAAUGACAAACAAUAACAUGAUAUUACUUUAGAAGAUUUUCAUAGAAUUAAAAGGUAAUGGUCAGAUAGGAAGAGUAAGAUCCCUUUCCAUUUUCAGAUUUAUCAGUUUUCUCGCUACGGAAUUAUGGGAAUUGAUUUUUUUUAAAUAUUAGUUAGAUGACAGUAUUUUCUAUGGCAUGUACAUGUACAUAUCUUCAAGUCCAGAAGGGGGGAAACCUUAAGAAUAGGUGUACCAGUCAUUUGACCAUAUACACAUAGUUAAGUGUUAAAGCACCUGUUUGACCAUCUGGGUCAAUGUUAGAGCACCUGUCUGACCAGAUACACGUGGUUCAGUGGUAGAGCACCUGUCUGACCAGAUACACGUGGUUCAGUGGCAGAACACCUGAUGAAUAUAUUCAAUCAUUGUGGGACCCUUUCUGACUUUUCUAGUUCUUAUGACAGUUAUCUGAAGCAUUACGUAGUGUAUCAUGAUAUACGUUAGUACCACGAUGUCCGUCUGAUGUACCGUAAACCGGAUGUAAAGUCAGGCUGUGACGUAUGUGCAUUACACGACUUCCGGUACAUUUACAUCUUGCCAAAGACUUUGUAGAUGUUUUCUUUUCUCCCCUUUUUGAGAUACAUUUGAUGAAUUAAUGUAAUUUCGUAAUAAUUAUAACAAUAUCAUUUUAAACUUAAACAAUAUCCUGUCCGAAAGGUCUGUGGUACGAUUUCUUUAAAUUAUCAAAAUUAUAUACUAUUUGUAGUACUUUAUAAGAAAUUCAAAGAGAACAAUUUUUUAUGCUUUACAAUUGAAUAAAUGUACAACUAUCCCUGCACUGAAUCUCUGCAACACGCAUCCUUAGAUGCCUGCUUUGUGUGUGUGUGUGGGGGGGGGGGGGGGGGGGUCUGCCUAAAAUGUGCAAGUCGAAGCUGAGUGGGCUGCACUUGUUCAUAUACUGAGUUACAACCUCUAAAUUAUUAUAUAAUGUGAAAUUGAUAUACAUAAUGAUAAUAUAGAUAUACAUACCUUUUAUGACUGGAAUAUUCUAUAUACAUUACUACAGUUUAACUACUAUAUUGCCGCGUUUUACGCAUACAAACGGAUUUCGGUGUUAAGUAACUUCGAGAAUUUUCAUGGAAAUUCUAUAACAUCAGCUUGAUGGGACUAAGAUAGGCUGCAACUGUUUAAUAUAAUAAUUUUAAAUGAGUAUCCUAUGUAUGUUUUUAUACAUUUUUUCUGAUUUAUUGAUAUUAUUUUUCACUUGCAUUUCAAGGAAAAAUAUGAUUUGUUUUUACAUUUUUAUUCAAUAGCACUACAUGUAUAUUUAUAUUUUGAAAUGUGAACGUUUUUAAAAGUGUAUGUAAAUGAUGCAACAAGAAUGUAUCCAAUACAGUAUAAAGAAAUUUGUUUCAACUAAUUUACAUCUGCUACUCGUGCUACUGUAUACAGAGAAAUAUUCGCCCUCGUUUUAUUUUCGCCCACGUUUUAUUUUCGCCCUCGUUGUCAGUGGGCGAAUUUAUAUUGACUAAGGGAAGCUAUUUUAUCUCUCGUCGCGGUCUCGUAGUUCAACGUUUGCUUUGUAACCGAGAGGUCGUAAGUUCAAACCCUGUGCAUUGCAUGACCGCGUCAAACCUAAGACGUUAACAUAGGUAGUGAUUGCUCCUUCGCCAAAUAUUCGGGAUUUAGAAGUGGGAAUCACGGGUCUUUAGGAUAUGACCUUAAAGACGGGUGUCGCGACAGGCUGUGGCACUUUGAAGAGCCCUCAUUGCUAUGGCAUUGAGCGCUAAACAUAUGUCUAAAUUUUUGGUACUUCACCUACAGCAGAUGGCGUCUCAAUAUGCGUGAAAAAUACUCUGCGGGACAUAACACAAAAAAAUCUCUUUUAACACAACUGUGGUGUCAGGAGGAAUUACGGGGUGAAACCCUUUGCAAGGGUAGAAGGGCAACAAAAAAAAAAUCCAAAAGAGGCGAAAAUAAUCCUAUAUACAGUACCUAUAUGGAGGAAUGCAUGUGUAUUUAUACAGUUGUCCUUCACAAAUAAUCCAAAAAUACAUUUUUAUUUAGUAAAUACCAUUCAGGUAUAGACUGAGAGUUUUAUUCAUCAGUGACGCCCUUCCAAUAUCCGUGAUGAUGAUGAUGAUGAUGAUGGCACACGUAAUUCCAUCAUUUCACAAAUGAACCUCAUCUCAUGUGUUGAAAAAAUUUGGAGUUUAAACGAUAUCUAACUUUGAAACAGUGAAAACUGUUUAAAGUGUAACUAUAAGAAAUAUCGGUAUUUUAGGAAAAGGGUAUUUGAUGCACGGAUAAUACAUGCACCUGUAUACGUUAAUUAGGAAAUAAAUUUCAUUUUAGAAAAUACACAAGGUAUGAACUGCGAAUCCUCAAGCCAGCAUACUUUGUGAAGUUUGUUAUCCUCCUGCAUUUUCAAAACUGAAAUUUAUUUUAUAUAUUUACAUUCUACUUUCUAUCUAGAUUCCUAGACGUUAACAUAAACGUAUUAUAUGUUUCUGUAUUCGUACGCGCAUUGUUCACAAGUAUUCAUAGGAAAUGGCUAUCAGAUAUCAAAGGCAAAAACAUUAGAAAUGUAUCUUUUCUCUCUCGUGGUGGGUGUAUCAUAGUAUGCAUUGUUUCGCAUCAAAUGAUGACUGGUAUAUCCGCGGCGUGUUUGUAUCAAAGCCAUGUAUUAAAAAAGGGCAAAACAAUCGAUGUGAAAUUUUAUCGUAUGUAGUUCACAAAUAGUAAUAAAUUACAAUAGACCCGGAAGGUUUCAAGAAAUAUGAGAAUAUAUCAAACGUAGGAAAAAUCAAAAAUGCAAUCAAUCAUAACGCAAAACUGUGGAGGAAAUAUGACCGACAAUAAGACAACCAUUAGUUGACUCACUAGUGAGUAAAGCUUACUAUGAUUUUAGUCUCACCUUUCGCUACGUUACUUUCAUAAAAGUGAGACUUAGAUCUAGAUAGAAAAUGAGCUGGUCGUAGUCCUCUCUUAAGCAAUGUCUACCUAUGACGUCAACAACCAAUGUAAUGACCAUAGCGCUGGUCUGUAACUAUGUCUGUUCCAUUUCAACAAGUUUUAUGGUGUAAUGUCCCUUCAUACGCUGAAAAUUGAUACAAUUCCCUUUCUUUCAAACGAAUUUCAAACUGUAUAUUUAAAUUGCACGUAACUUCAGCAUGCUAAUCCAAUGACACGGCGACAGGAAAAACUGGUAGCUUUGGGCGAUCUGAAAUCGGGAUAUUUAUUUUUUGGUAGAUUCCAUCCGUUCUACACAUUGUAAUGAACAACAUUACUGUGCACAAUUUGUGUGGAAAUUAUAAUUAUUUAUCAUAUGAUCAGAGUUGGAAUUACAGCCCCUUUUCUUUCCGUACACUGUAGAAUUAUCUGUCAUCAAAGGGACGUUGUACUUUACAAAUUUACACUUAGUGGACAUUGUUUUAUGGUAAUGGAUCUCCGACGACUGAUUGUGGACAUUGAGCAUUUCAAGUGUUUGCUGUUUUAAAAAUAUGGACUUUGAACAUUUUUUAAAAGUCUAUAACACAAGCUUGUACAAAAUAUAUUUUCUCCAUAUUAAUUGUUUUUUUUAAAGUUCAUUGUAACUGUCUUGAUGGGAAAAAAAUAGUCAAUACAUAUUGCCCUCUAAUAUAGAGUGUGCAUGUACAUGUAGCUGGCAUUCACUGUUUGUUACUCUACUUUAUAAUCAUAGUAUGAAAUUUGUUGAAUAGUACAACAGUCUAUAUCAGUAUGGUAUUCUAAAACAAUACUAUAACAGUAUACUAUUGUAAAUUGUGGUGUGUUAGUAACAUAUGCAGCAUGAGAAAUGUUGCUUUUUUCUGAUUGCCUUGUAAACUAGCGCGUGGCAUUGCGCUAUCCCAUGAUUUCACGCAACUUGUGGAUUGUGCUUGGUCGGACACGUGGCAAAUGUCUGAUAUUAUAAAAUGAUAUGGAGCUUAAAUAUGCACAUCUGUAGAAUAAAUUAUGUUUGUUAAAA